AUGACUGUCUCUACCAUGCAGUUCCAAGCAGCCAUCAGUUCUCACUUGCGCUUGGAAUACUAUCGGACCCAUAAAUCUCUGGUCAGCUGGAGAAUAAGGAACAAGGGAUUGGGCCACCGUGAACAUGCCCGUCCGUCACCAGGAGACCUGGCCUUCAGAGAUGACAGCCUUCAGUCCCAGGAGGAGCCUGCAAUUCGUCAUCGACCUUCCCAGUUUGUACCAUCCACGGGAAUCCAGAACAGUAAGGAGCUAAACAGAACCUGCUGUCUGAAUGGGGGCACCUGCAUGCUGGGGUCCUUUUGUGCUUGCCCUCCUUCCUUCUAUGGACGAAACUGUGAGCAUGACAGGCGCAAAGAGAACUGCGGGUCUGUGCCCCAUGAUACCUGGCUGCCCAGGAAGUGUUCCAUGUGUAAAUGCUGGCAUGGCCAGCUUCGCUGCCUUCCUCAGUCAUUCCUACCUGGUUGUGAUGGCCAUGUGAUGGAUGAGCACCUCACAGCUUCCAGGAAUCCAGAAUUAACAAUGUCUGCAUGCGCUUUUAUUCUACCUGGCAUCUGCCUUGCCAUACAGAGUUAUUACUAAUCCACAGUUUGCAUACAACAUUUAUCAUGCAAAUUUCAUGACCUGUAAAGGGUUUCUCUCCACUGUCCUGAGAGAUGAGCAUUUUUUGUUAGUUGC